AAGGACCGAAAAAAAUAAAAGAAAUCACCAUUAACGGGUAAGAGUCAAGUGUUGAACAACAAAACUUUUGUCCAGUUCUCUGAGCUUUUACUUUAGGAUCUACGACUACGAGGUAGUUAACAAAUGGAAGUAGAGAACACUAAUUGAUCCAAUCAGCUAAGAAGAGAAGAAAUGUUAAAGGUAGCAGCUUUUCUUAGCUUAGUUUGGGCAGUGAGCCUCCUCUAUGGCGAGAUGUUCGCAUUUUGGGUGCCUUAUCUUUGGUCCUGUUCUUGGCCUCACCUUCCUCCUUCUACGAGGGAUGGAGUAGAUCAUCAACGUGACUAUGUGAAAAUUGCUGUUGUUACUGAUCCUCAGCUCAUGGAUAGAACCUCUCUUCAUCUUGCCCCGAAAUCCCUUGCACUUGAAGCUGCUCAGUUCUAUACAGAUUUGUACAUGCGUAGGGCAUUCCUAUCUUCUAUUUUACCUUUCAAACCAGAUGUGAUUCUGUUCCUAGGUGAUUAUUUUGAUGGUGGGCCUUUUCUGUCUGAUGAAGAAUGGCAGGAAUCCUGGAGCCGGUUUAAGCAUAUAUUUAACAUUGAUAUGCUUGAGCAAACUGCAAACAUAAAGCUUUACUACCUUGCUGGAAACCAUGAUAUAGGGUAUGCUGCUUUUCACUCGCAUAUGCCAGAGGUUAUCAGACGCUAUGAGAGAGCAUUUGGUGCAAGGAACUAUCAAUUUACAGCUGGAAAAGUAGAUUUCAUCGCAAUCGAUGCACAAACCUUGGAUGGGAAUCCCCAAAACAAUGUAACUUCUGCCAUAUGGAAUUUUGUCAAAAAUGUCUCAGAGCAUCCAUCUUCGAAUCCAAGGGUUCUAUUGACUCAUAUACCAUUGUAUCGGCCAGGUCUAACUGCAUGCGGUCCAUAUCGUUCAUCAUCAAUCAUUAAUCAGAGAAUCAACCGUGCUGCUCGUGAUAAUGAAAUAUUAUAUCAAAAUUAUAUUACUGAAAACGGAACAAAUGACCUGCUUGAGUCUAUCAAACCUGCACUAAUUCUUUCUGGGCAUGACCAUGAUCAGUGUACAGUAACCCACAGAUCCAAAUAUGGUUCUGUAAAAGAGCACACUCUAGGGACCAUAAGCUGGCAGAUGGGAAAUCUGUUUCCAUCUUUCAUGCUAUUAUCUGCAAGUAAUCUUAUCUUACCAGCCGGAUCAAUGGCAGAGGAGGCAAUUUCCACCAAAGUUUGCUUUCUCCCUGUGCAGACGUACAUUUAUAUUUGGUAUCUAGUGCUGUUUGUCAUGACCGUUCUUAUUGCCGUCCUUUGGCCAACAAAUGGGGUGCUCUUUCCACACUAUCUUGGUGAAUUUCUGAAGAAUAUUAGAAGUCUAAUUAGUUCUAGCAUUUCUGGAGGUGGGACAAAACUUAAAAGCGAAGAUGAGAUAUAUGAAUAUGAGGAGAUUUGGGAUGCAGAAGGAUCGAUGCACCUUAUAAAGAAAACCUUUAAAGUUUCUUCUGCAUGCUCAAGUGAAAGCGCUUUGGUAGAACGGGGUAAUGCUAUCAUGCGGUCAGUUGCCAGAAAACCUAAUGCACAGGAAACAGAUGCCUCAAUUCCCACGGAUGUGACUUUACAUAUAGGAUUAGAUGCCGCGGUAAAAGCACAGCCUCGGACAAACAAAUCAAAGACAAAGAUGGUAAUUAGGAGAUUGGUGCGGACAUUAAGUAUAAUUAUUAUUGUUGCAGCUUUUAAUGUCCCUCUAUAUAUGAUGCUUCUUUUCAAAGAUUGGAUUGAUAAAUGAUGUUACUAUUCAAAUAUGCCAGUGAUGCUGGUUAGAUUAGGUACUUCCCAAUUAGCAGCUGUUACCUCUUUCACAUGUUCCAGGUGUUCAGUUGCUCUGUUGAUGUAAUUGCCAAUUGGUAUUGUUGUUGUAACUGUUGUUGUUUUGACAUAUCCCUUAGUUGAUCAAGUAAUUAGUACCAUUGAGGAUUUGAGCAGAAGAUUGGUUUGUUUACAUAACAUAACGAUGCUAUUAUGCUAUCCGAGCUAUCUGUUCGAA